GGCCGGCUUCCGGGUCAAGCAGCGGUCGCGUCCUUUCCGGGACCUCUUCCAACGAAGUGUUAAUUUCUCCCCUAAAGCGAAGCCCACAUCCUUCCACAGGUUUAAAGGGUGGCAGUCCGAGGUCAGGGGGCCGGGCCCCCGGGGGUUCAGGGGGCAGCGUCGGGGGCAGGCCGGGGGUCAGUCUGCAUCUUCUCAUGGCUGUGACUCGUGUGCUUGGCGAGGACCCCUGUGACAGCGGAGGCCCCCGCCACCCCCAGGGCUACUCUUCCAGGUAACACGCAGCACGCUUCCCGGGGCCAUGGCGGUGAGCCUCGGGGAGAAGAACGGACUCCAGAGGGAGACGAGGGCGAAGCCCGGCCUCUGGAGGGCAGCCGCGCAAGGCCUGGGGGGCGUCUCCGCGUGGUUUCGCAGAGCGCAGCGCACACCGCACCGCCGUUGCUUCCUGCAGCGCCGGUCCCGCCUGGGUUAAGACCGGACGCAGGCUGCGGCGUGGACGGGUCCCGCCUGGGUUAAGACCGGACGCAGGCUGCGGUGUGGACGGGACGCCGCGCGCCCGGGGCUUCAGCGCGGCACGAGCUCUGCGGAGGCGUCCCGCGUCCUAGCUGCCGGCGGGCUGGAGACGCACCUGCGCCUCCGGAGAGGACGCCGUGUGGACGGCCGUCGUUUCGUCUGCCUCUCGGGCAACACCCGGUCGUCAUUUCCUGCCUUGCCUCCCUUGAACGAGCAGGUUCCUAAACCAGGAAAAUGGUUAAGGGCCGGCCUGUGAGAAAGAGACGUGAUGCUGGGGGGACCCGCCAGUCUUCAAACGACCUUGAUCAGUGAAGGCGGGCGAAGUGGAUGUGACAAAUCAUCACCCCCGGUUUCAAGCCCAGAGAGAGGAAGCCGUCAGCCGAGACACGGCGCAUCCCGUCCGAGGCCGAGAGGACCCAGGAGGCCGCUGGCCGGCAGUGCUCAGCCAACAGCACUUGGGACGCCAGCCCUGGGCAAGGUGGACGGGCGGCCCUGCCCCCGCUGAGCUGGGGGUCCGGGGAGCGAGGCGGACAGAGGCUGCGGAGAAAUGGAACCUUGGUACCGGGAGAGAGCUCGGCCAGGGCACGCUGAAUGUCGGCCACGAGGGGGAUGGCAGAUGGCCCCAGGCUGGGGUGCGGGUCCCAUCGCUGCCUUGAGCAAGAGCCUGGGAGAUGGGAAAAUGUGCUGAAGGAUGCUGCCCAAGGAGACCAUCGCCUGAGACCCCAUCAUGCAGGCCUUCCCGCAAGGGCCCGGCAGCUGGACAAGGUGAAAGCAGAGUAUGCUCGGCUUAAACACGCGCUCACCAUAGUGACCAGAGAACGCGAUUUGGCCGUGAAGGAGAAACACCAGCUCCAAGCCAAGCUGGAGAACCUAGAACAGGUCCUAAAGCACAUGCGAGAGGCCGCGGAACGGCGGCAGCAGCUGGAGUUGGAGCAUGAACAAGCCCUGGCCGUCCUCAACGCCAAGCAGCAGGAAAUCGACCUCCUGCAGAAGGCUCAGGUUGAAGCUAAGAAAGAACAUGAAGGUGCGGUGCAGCUGCUAGAGUGCAGGGUGCGGGAGCUGGAGGAGAAAUGCCGCGCGCAGAGUGAGCAGUUCAGCCUGCUGUCCCGGGACCUGGAUCAGCUCCGGCAGCACGCGGGCGAGAUCGACCUGCUGGGAGGCAGCUCCCUGGACGUCCCCUCGUCCCCCGGCAAGCCCUUCCGGAGGUUCAUGAACGGACUGGCUCCCCCCAUUGGCAAAGGUCAGGAAAGCUCCAUUGGAAGCCGCGCUGUGAUCGGGGAAUACAUCCAGCCCCUCCCGCUCCCGGGUGACAAGCCAGAACCUCUGUCCGUCAAGCCCGCCUUUCUGUCAAGAUCUGGUGGCCCAAGAUGCAGAUUUGAAUCAGACAUGGAUAAUGAACGGAAUUCCAGUACCGCCAAGCAGAGAUACUCGGGGAAGGUCCACUUGUGUGUCGCCCGCUAUAGUUACAACCCCUUCGACGGGCCAAAUGAGAACCCGGAGGCUGAGCUGCCCCUCACGGCGGGGAAGUACCUCUACGUCUAUGGAGACAUGGACGAGGACGGCUUCUACGAAGGCGAGCUCCUGGACGGGCAGAGGGGCCUGGUGCCCUCCAACUUCGUGGAUUUUGUCCAGGACGAGUCUCGGCUGGCAAGCACUCUGGGGAAAGACCAGGAGCAGAGCGUCGUCAGCCACGCCGGCGUCGGCUCGGAGGCGGAGCACAUCCUGGGCCUCCACUCCCCGACGCGCGCGGACUCCGGCCUCUCCGACCACGGGGCGGGGACGCGGGACGUGAACAUCGAUGACGUCGGAGAAGACACCGUGCCUUACCCUCGGAAAAUCACCCUCAUCAAACAACUUGCCAAAAGUGUCAUCGUGGGCUGGGAGCCCCCGGCGGUGCCCCCGGGCUGGGGGGCUGUGAGCAGCUACAGCGUGCUGGUGGACGCAGAGACGCGCCUGAGCCUGGCGCCGGCUGGCAGGACCAAGGCCCUGGUGGAGAAGCUGAACAUGGCAGCCUGCACCUACCGCAUCUCCGUGCAGUGCGUCACCAGCCGGGGCAGCUCGGACAAGCUGCGCUGCACGCUGCUGGUGGGCAAGGACGUGGUGGUGGCGCCGUCCCACCUGCGCGUGGACAGCAUCACGCAGGUCUCCGCCCGGCUCUCCUGGGCGCCCGCCAACAGCAACUACAGCCACGCCAUCUUCCUCAACGAGCAGGAGCUGGACGUGGUCCGGGCCGCCAGCUACAAGUACCAGUUCUGCAACCUCAGGCCCAACGCGGCUUACAAGGUGAAGGUCCUGGCCAAGCCCCACCAGAUGCCCUGGCAGCUGCCCCUGGAGCAGAGGGAGAGGAAGGAGGCCUUCGUGGAGUUCUCUACGCUGCCGGCAGGUCCUCCCGCCCCGCCCCAGGACAUUGCCGUCCAGGCCGCGGCCACCCCAGGCACCGUCCAGGUCUCCUGGAAGCCGCCCGCCCUGACGGCCACGGGGCUGUCCAACGGAGCCAACGUCACCGGCUACGGCGUGUAUGCCAAAGGGCAGAGGGUAGCUGAGAUCAUCUCCCCCACGGCGGACGGCACGGCCGUGGAGCUGGUGCGGCUGCGGAGCCUCGAAGCCAAGAGCGUGACCGUGCGGACCCUCUCCGCCCAGGGCGAGUCCGUAGACUCCGCCGCCGCUGCCAUCCCCCCCGACCUCCUGGUGCCUCCUGCCCCCCACCUGAGAACUGCUCCCACACCGAAGCCAUUAGCAAGUGCCGGAGCCCCCGAUACCAAAGAUGAACACCUGGGUCCGCACGCCGCGGCGGAUGAGGCCUGGGAGCUCGGCCGGGCGCCUGCUCCGGCCCACGGGCACCUGCUGGAGCCGCCCGGCCUGCAGGGCUCGGGCCCGGGGCGGCGGUCGCCCUCGCCCAGCCGCAUCCUUCCGCAGCCGCAGGGCGCCCCGGUCUCCACCUCGGUCGCCAAGGCCAUGGCCCGGGAAGCCGCGCAGAGGGUGGCCGAGAGCAGCAGGAUACGGACCCAGAUAACCAGAGGAAGUGGUUAUCCACCAGCCUGGCUUAGCAGACGAGCUAACAACCCGCUAACCAGGCACUGGUCUGUGCCCACGGAUCUGAGAGAGAAAAGGAGCAUCUUCCUGGAGAGAAGCAGUGGGCAGUACGCAAACUCGGACGAGGAAGAUGGCUACGAGUCCCCCGACGUCAAGAGGAGGGGCGCGUCGGUGGACGAGUUUCUGAAAGGCUCGGAGCUGGGCAAGCCGCCGCACUGUUGCCAUGGAGACGAGUACCACACGGAGAGCAGCCGGGGGUCCGACCUCUCGGACAUCAUGGAGGAGGACGAGGAGGAGCUCUACUCUGAGAUGCAGCUGGAGGACGGGGGCCGGAGGCGGCCCAGCGGCACGUCCCACAAUGCCCUCAAGGAGUGCUCUAAGAAUAGGACCACUGAACGUGCUUUCUGGGAGCUGCCCGAGUGCCCCCAGCAGACUCACCACAGUAAGAAGCUUUUCAGUAUCCCCGAAGUAGCCGAGGAGGAUGGAGAGCCCUGUGAGUUCUCGUACAAGCAGGGCGUAGGGGUCUCCUCCAGGGCCCGGACCCGGCUGGCCAGAGAGCCCAGGCCCGCCAGGCCCUGCAGGGGGCACGAGGCCCCGCUUGGCUCCCGGGGCCCUGCGAAACCCAGGGGCCCCCGGGCCGAGGACUUCGUGUUCGAAGACAGAGGCUGUCGGUUCAGCCGCUCGGCCGCCAGGAGCCCGGACAGCGGCCUGGACUGUGGCAGCGAAGAGGAGGAGACGCGGUUUAGUUUCAGAAGCCCCGCUGCCCAGUGCAGCCCCGGCCCCGGGCACUGCCCCUGCAGGACGGGCCUGAGGCCCCUGCUGGCCCGGCGCCGGACGCUGACCCGGCAGAGCAGCGUCGAAGAAGAUUCUGGGGAGCCAGUGGAGGCCGGCCAUGUCGUCAGGAGCGAUGAGGCCCAGCCGAGCCCGGAGAGGUCCGCCCCCAGCAAGUACAGCUGGGACGAGCCCGGGGGCCGUGAGGACUUCCGGGAUGUCUGGAAGAAAAGCAUAAAAAUGUCCGACAGUAGGGCCAGUGCCAGACACGCCCAGCCUCCUCCCCGGGUUGCAGACGGUCCUUUGAUUUUAGGAAACCCGGUGACUGCUGGACGGGCUGAUCGGGUGGAUCUUGUGGGCCGGAGGUUUCCCCACGGCAGUGCUGGCCGCCACAGGUCCCGGCCAACGAUGGUCCCGUCUGCCGAUGAGUACGGUGGGCGGAACCGGCUUUCUCCAGACUUCUACGAAGAGUCAGAGACGGACCCUGGGGCGGAAGAGCUCCCGCCCCGGAUCUUUGUGGCUCUUUUUGACUACGACCCCCUCACCAUGUCCCCGAACCCAGAUGCUGCGGAAGAGGAGCUUCCCUUUAAAGAAGGGCAGAUCAUCAAGGUUUACGGUGAUAAAGAUGCUGAUGGAUUCUACCGCGGGGAAACCUGCGCUCGGCUUGGCCUUAUUCCUUGUAACAUGGUCUCUGAAAUUCAGGCUGACGAUGAGGAGGUGAUGGACCAGCUUCUCAGACAAGGCUUCCUUCCCCUGAACACACCUGUGGAGAAAAUAGAGAGAAACAGAAGAAGCAGCCGGCAGCGCUCGGUGGCGACGCGGAGGAUGGUGGCCCUGUACGACUACGACCCGAGGGAGAGCUCGCCCAACAUCGAUGUCGAGGCUGAACUUACAUUUUGCACUGGAGAUAUUAUUACUGUUUUUGGUGAAAUUGAUGAAGAUGGAUUUUAUUAUGGGGAGCUUAAUGGGCAGAAAGGCCUCGUACCCUCCAACUUCCUAGAAGAAGUGCCUGAUGAUGUAGAAGUCUAUCUUUCUGACGCGCCGUCCCACUACCCCCAGGACACGCCGACGCGCUCGAAGACGAAAAGGGUUCCUCCUGAGGGUUCAGGUACAGCAAGGAGAGUGCCAUCUCCCACAGCCCAUCUCCAUUCUGGGUCACCUACGUCAUCUAUGGGUACUGGUAGUCCCGGGAGAGGCAGGGAAAUGUCCUCGAGAAAGAAAAAGGGGCUGCUUUCCAAAGGCAAGAAACUGCUGAAAAAGCUGGGUGCAGUGAAAUGAUUCACGUGCUUCCGGACAACUUCCAAAUCUAUGUAAUUUUCUUUAAUUCCAAACUAGGGCUUUCAUGACUCAAGUACUUCCUAAAAAAACCAAUCUUCUCCCCUGACACCAGUAGAGAAAUGCUCUUUGCACCACCGUCCCCUUUAAACCCAGCGCCAGGACACAGGGCUGCUGGCGCUCCCGCCGGGCCUCCGCGCCCGUCGCUCUUGUUAUUGCCCGGGCCCUGGCGGGAGCUGGGCUGUCUCGUGAGCACGCAGGGCGGCCAGUAGCUCUUUGUAGCUCACUCCCUACCUGGGGUCCCAGUCUUUGUGCAUUUGUCAUCUGCCCUUAAAGGAAUGAUUUCAACCUCUCUCCCUUUUCAAAAAAGCUUGCCUCAUGACGCAUAACUCUCACUUUAACUCUGGUCUUGAAAUUCCUAGUUUAAUCGCCUUGAUGUUCUGCCUUAUAAAUGCACAAUGAUUUGUACUGUCCAAUAAAAACUACAGUGUACACUUUGUAUGUGUUGUGCAUUCAGUGCCCUUCACCCUCACAGACACAGUGGUUUGAAACCAAGUUGCACAGGCUGUGCAAUUAUAAGAUCCUGGUUUUUCGUCUUUCGAAGCAAGCCAGGCAACACACAGGAAAUGUUUACUUAUUCAAAUCAUUUAAAAGAGAGGAGAGGAAGUAACUUUGGUAAAGUACCACUACUCCAACCUGCCAAAAAGCUGGUAACAUUCAUUGCUUUCAGUGUUACAUUUUGUGGCAUAUGGAUUUACGUUACUUUCAUUAUUUGUCAAAAUGCCAUACACAAAUAAUCAACAGUGAACAGCAUACAGGUAAAGCAAUCCACAUAAUGCAUAAGCCACGCCAGAAACAUACUAAAUUUAAGUCUGUUCAAAAUGAUUCCACACCACUCUUCACCAUUGGCACCUGAACAACAAAAAAAAAGAUUUACAAAGUUGCCGGCAGAUGUAUUUGAUGGUUACUAUUUUGUAAUUCGUGUCCACUUGUAAAUUGUUUUUACUCUUUAUACAUACUUUUCAGACUGCCUUUCUUUUGUAAUUUAUGGAAGGUUUAUAAAUGAAUGAUGAAGCUUUCCCCAUUGUGUCUUCAAAAACUAUAUUGUAAAUUGUAAUAUAAUAGUAUGUGGUAGAUUUAUUAAAAGGAAAUUACUCAAUGUGUGGUUAAGUUCUGUGUGGGUGUGUGCAUGUGUACAGCUAGUGUAAAACAUUUUAUAGAAAUAAAAUUUGUUAUUUUAUACAA